GUUAGCUUUAUGCUAAUUUAGCUGACUCUUGAACCUAAGGGAUGUCUACAGCCUCCAAAGUGGUUCUGACAGUUUCUUUGGUUUUGACUCUGAGCACGGUGGCUGGAGUCCACCUCAAACAGGCCUGGGAUCGAGAGCGCCUCCAUGAGGGCGUAGUUCGGGACCUUGAGCGGCUGCAGCGGAAGAAAGAGAACCUGCGGCUGCUGGAAGAGCAAAGGGUUCUGACCCGCCAGCUGGAGGAGGAGAGGCAGCGGCGAGAGGCCAAUCUCCACCCACAGGACACCUGA